UCAAAUCUCAAUGCAUGCUUAGGCUCGAUGUUAAUUAAAGUCUUCUCCUCGAUUCCCCUAAACAAGUCAAGUCUUCUUCUCCACACACACCCGACAAAUCAAAUCAGGUUCUUUCAUGUUCUUUCUUGUAUCUUGGUUCGCUACCCAGGAUGAAAAUGAAAGCAAGCCUGGUUCUAACGACGUUGCUCGCGGCGGCGGUCGGGUUCUUCAUCGGCGUUUCCUUUCCUGUGGACAUCACACCAAAGCUUCAGUGUGGCAUCCUCCCUUGGAGCAGCAGCUUCAGUCGCAACACCAUGUUGGGCAGAUUAUGGGGAGCGCCGUUCAGGAACAGCAGCUCCGGCACCCCAAAUGCAACGGGUUCAGAGCCGCUUGUAGAGGUUGCAACAGCAAGAAACCCUGUAGAAGGGGCGGAGAGGCGGCUGCCUCCAGGGAUUGUGGUCUCGGAAUCCGAUCUUCACCUGCGCAGGCUCUGGGGAUCCCCAAAACAGGACAGCCCAGCCCGCAAGUACCUCCUCGCCCUCGCGGUCGGGUAUGGUGAGAGAGCCAAUGUCAACGCAACUGUCCACAAGUUCUCCGACAACUUCGACAUCGUGCUGUUCCACUAUGAUGGACGCACUACAGAGUGGGACCAAGAGUUUGAGUGGUCUAAGAAGGUCACUCAUGUCAGCGCCAGGAAGCAGACCAAAUGGUGGUUCGCUAAGAGGUUCCUGCAUCCGAGCAUCGUCGCGCCCUAUGACUACGUGUUCGUUUGGGACGAGGACCUCGGCGUCGACAACUUUGCCGCGGAACCGUAUCUGGACAUCGUGAGGAGGCACGGGCUGGAGAUCUCGCAGCCGGGGCUGGACGUGACCAAGGGGCCCGCACCGACUUACUACAUCACCGCCAGGAAAAACGGCAGCGAGAUGCACAAGACAGAUGCAGGUGGGGAGCAUUGCUCAGACGUGGGCAAGCGCCCGUGCAGCGGGUUCGUGGAGGUGAUGGCGCCGGUCUUCUCCAGGGAUGCUUGGAGAUGCGUGUGGCAUAUGAUCCAGAAUGACUUUGUCCAUGCAUGGGGUCUUGACUCCAAUUUCUGGAGAUGCGUCGAUGACCCCGAAGAGCAGAUCGGUGUCGUAGACGCGCAGUACUUGGUUCAUCAUGCCGUUCCCACGCUCGAAGGCCAGGGUGAGAAAGAAAAAGGAGGCCGUUUGCAGGUAAAAGCGCGUCAAUAUGAGGAGAUGUUUGCCUUUCGCUCUAGGGUUUCCCGUGCGGACAAGGAAGUUGCCAACAGAACAUCAAUACAGAACUAGUUUGCGGGAUUAGUUGCAUACAAUAUAUAUGGAAGUCAAAUAGUUAAAAGUUUUGACUUCUUUGAAUAGAGAAGGAUGAGAUGCGGUAGGUGAUAAUACAUUGAGUUAAUUCCAUUUUUUACCCCUCGUUUCGUCCUUUUUGACAGGGAUUACCCCAUUUAAGCGAAAUUCAUCCAUCUUACCCCAUUUAACCAAAAUAUAUGCCAGAUUUUACCCCUCUUUAGAUUUUUGCUCAUUCUGUCAAUUGAUUCCCACAUGAUUUACAGGCAUUUUUCUUUGUCUGUAGCCAGUUUUAUUCACUUCCUCGACCGCACAUCCGGUUCGGCUCCAAGCGCUGGAGAAAAAUACACUCGGACCUAUCUUAAUCUGCUCCUCGUUUAGGAAUUAGGACCCAUCAAAUUGAUCAAUUCCAUCGACUCCUUGCCCAUGCUAGUUUAGCCAUUUUGCGCGCGUGACCUGCUCGUGAUCGAGUUUGAGCUGAGCCGCGUGCGCGCGUGUGUGUGACAUACUCGGCGUCCUUCUCCUAUUCUAGCGCUGCCGCCUCGCCACACUCGCAGCUUAUGGUAGCUGCUGCUUGGUCUGCCAGUUGCUGUAGGUGCAAGCUAGCUGUUGCUUGGUCUGUUGUCUGCGUGCUGCUGCUGGUUGGUCUGCUUCGUGUGCCAUGUUUUUGUUUUGUGCUUCGCAUUAGCCCCUACUGCAUACUGUGCGUAGCGCUAGGUGCCACUACUUGCAAAGGCACUUGCAAAUUGAUGUACGCUAUCAAAUGUUUGAAUUGAGAUGCAAUACAAGCAGACAUUUGUUUUGGUUGACAUAACAUCUGCAAAGAACGCCCAAUUCGUAGAGGAGGCUCGGGAGAGAUGCAAAGCGGUUGAUGUUCUAGUGGCAGCGGAUGCGGUAUAACAGGACAAGGAGGAGUAGCGAUGGAGGAGGGAGACAGGGAGCGAGAUGGAGGAAUGACAUGGAAGGGGCCUGCGUGAUGUAGAACCGAAGAAAGAACCGGGUGUGCAAUCGAGCGGGGAAGAAACGGGCUGCAAAAAAUAAAAGAUUGACAGAAUGUGCAAAAAAAAGGGUAAACUCUGGCACAAAUUUAGUUAAAUGGGGUAAGAUGGAUGACUUUUGCUUAUAUGGGGUAAUCCUUGUGAAAAAGCACAAAAGAGGGGGUAAAAAUGGAAUUAACUCUAAUACAUUCGUUCUUUAUGUUUGGAAUCAUCAAAUUUUUUGUUGCUUAUUAACACUAGUUCACGUGAUAAAUAUAUUCCUUUCAUCUUUCAACAUCCGGUAGGAGUUUUACCUUUGUUCACCA